AUGGGCAAGAAGUCACAGAAGGCCGAAAAGGCUGAGGAUAAACCAGUGCUGGAGAAAGAAACAGGCGAGGAUCUUGAUUCAAAGCAACAAGAGCCAAUUGAAGAACCAGUCGAGGUGAAGCAGGACAAGGACGAGGCAAAGGAAGAAGACUUGGAAGAAGUUAAGGAAGAUGUCGGUGAUUCUGCCAAGAAGGACAUUACAGAAGACACAACCACUAAGAAAGUCGAGAACCCACUGCUGUUGCAACUGAAAGAGGCGUUCCCUAACAUAGAGGAGCAGUACGUGAAGGCUGUCAUAAUUGCAUCGCAAGGUGCCCUAGACCCAGCUUUCAAUGCAUUGCUGUUUUUGUCUGAUCCCGAAUCCGGUAAAGAUAUAGAGUUGCCUCGUGAGCCAGUGCAACAGAACCCAUCUUUACCCCCAAGGAGAAAGCAGACGCAAUUGGAACAAGAUGAGAUGCUGGCCCGUCAAUUGGACAAGGAGUACAACCGCAAGCGCAGGGGCGAGCGUCGCCAUCACAACGAGCGUGAAGCUGGUAGAAACUACGAGAGAUACAACAAUGACGACCUGGAGGAGGACUCGUGGUCUCAAUUUGUAGAGAAGGAUCUCCCAGAGAUUACUGCGAGGGCCAAGGGAUCGUUGCAAGAAACGGCUACGAAAGUUGGAACUUGGUUUAACGGUGUCAAGAAGAACUUCAUUGGUGAAGGUGAAGAGAACGAUUCCGCUUAUUACCAGGAUGAUUCACAUGGAAGAGACCUAGACGAGGAUUACGGGACCUACGUCGAACAACAAGAGCGUCGCCAGAGGAGAGGUGUUCAAGACCCAGGCUACAGAAGGGGUGAUGAACAAAGAUUAAACGCUAGACAUAGAUUUAAUUCCUUCGGCGCUAGUGCUACGGAUGAUGUUGAAGGCGGUAUUUCUCUGAGAGACGAAGAAUUUGGUGAGGACGAGGACGAGGAAGUGCCACCCCAGUUGCCAUCCAGAGCUAGAAGCAAUGACUCCAAGAAAGACAGCGAAGAAGUGAAGCCUCAAGAAGGUAAAAAGGACAAAGUUGUUGCUGAGACUACCUACAUAGACACCCCAGAGAACAAAGAGAAGACCAAGAGGAAAUGGCAACCAUUACCACCAGAGCCACUGAACGCUACCCCUACUAAAGUCAACGCUUCCACAAAGAAGAAUAAAAAUGAAAGCGAGGAUGAGUUUUUGAUUAACAGUGACGAGGAACUUUAA